AAAGACGAGACUUUCAAAGCGCGCCGACACAGAGAGAGAGAGAGAGAGAGAGAGAGAGAAGACUAGAAGAACAUGGCGGAGGACGCAGCUAAAGCAUCGCCGGCGGUUCACCCGGCGAUCGCGCCACUGUCUUACCUUCUGGGAUCAUGGAAAGGCCAAGGCCAAGGCGGCUUCCCCACCAUCAACUCCUUCUCUUACGGCGAACAACUCCAUUUCUCUCACUCCGGCAAGCCGGUGAUAGCUUACACUCAGAAGACUUGGAAACUCAACUCCGGCGAGCCUAUGCACGCUGAGAGCGGAUAUUGGCGGCCCAAGCCUGAUGGGACUAUUGAAGUUGUCAUUGCUCAGAGCACUGGUCUUGUUGAAGUUCAGAAAGGGACUUAUAAUGCAGAAGAGAAAGUGAUAAACCUUCAAACCGAGCUAGUGGGAAAUGCUACCAAGGUGAAAGAGAUAACCAGGGCUUUUAAGUUGGUUGACGAAGAACUAUCUUAUGAGGUUCAGAUGGCUACCAAUCUUAACAGCCUCCAACCACAUCUAAAAGCCUCACUGAAGAGAGUCUGAAGCAAUAUGUUGUAGAUAAAGUGAACUUUACAAGUUGUAGUCAUAGAUCAUUGCUCAUUGUGCAGCUACAUUUGCCCCAGAUUCAAAUAGUCUGGCAAGUGGAUAUCAGACGUGCAAAGAAAACAUAGUUAAUUCUAUAGUCUGUAAUAACAGUGGCUGGAAAGUACCCUAGUACAAGCUUUGGAUUCACCUAUCUGGCUAUUCUGAGCAUUGAUUGUGAACAAUUUGCUAACUUAAGCAUGAAAAAUCUAAAUAUGAUUAUCGAGGAGCAACUCCUCAAUUCCUC